AUGAUGGUGCUAAUGAGCCCGCUCAAUGGGAUGCACAAGGCCCGAGAUGGGACACACAGAGAGGCAACUGAGAAACCCCAUGUGGGAAUCGCAGCAUCAGAAGAGGACGUGACAAUCUCAGUUAAGGGCAAAACAUUUGUAUUGAUGACCACUUGGCUAAUGUGGAUAUGGUACAAAAAACUAAUGGUAGGCAUCACGGUCCUGCACGAGAGACUAUCUGUUCAAAGUCUGUACAAUGAGAAGGAAUACAACGCGCCGUCAAUGAUAACCGGAGUUGCACCAAUAACUAAAGAAGAAUGA